ACUCGACUUCCCAGAGGACCGAGGAGCUAGGACUGAGGAGCCCUUUGUUUCCCCCGCCAUGAGAAAGCCUUAGCCGUCACGUUGGAACCAUGGUGCUCCCUUCCCGCUUGCACUGGAUCCGCAACAGGCCGUGGAGGGACCGGAUCCGGAGGCGGCGGCUCAACCGUCUACCCGCCAGACUCCCGGAAAUCAUGUUGGUAGGAUCUCAGUCCUUCUCACCUGGAGGGCCCAAUGGGAUCAUUAGAAGCCAGUCCUUCGCGGGGUUCAGUGGCCUUCAGGAGAGGCGAUCCAGGUGUAACUCCUUCAUUGAAAAUACCUCUGCUCUCAAGAAGCCUCAGGCCAAACUCAAGAAAAUGCACAACUUAGGGCACAAAAACAGCAGCACUUCCAAAGAGCCUCAGCCUCAGAGGGUGGAAGAGGUCUACAGGGCCUUGAAGCACGGACUCGAUGAGUACCUGGACGGUCACCAGGCGGAGCUGGACAAGCUGACAACUCAGUUAAAAGAUAUGAAGAGAAAUUCCCGUCUGGGUGUGCUGUAUGACCUGGACAAGCAAAUUAAAACCAUCGAAAGGUACAUGAGACGUCUGGAGUUCCACAUCAGUAAGGUAGAUGAGCUCUAUGAAGCUUAUUGUAUCCAAAGACGCCUCCGGGACGGUGCCAGCAAAAUGAAGCAAGCCUUUGCCACGUCCCCUGCCAGCAAAGCUGCCCGGGAGAGCCUCUGCGAGAUCAACCGGAGCUACAAAGAGUACACGGAGAACAUGUGCAGCAUCGAAGCGGAGCUGGAGAAUUUGCUGGGGGAGUUCUCCAUCAAAAUGAAAGGUCUGGCCGGCUUUGCUCGCCUCUGCCCCGGGGACCAGUAUGAGAUUUUCAUGAAGUACGGCCGACAGAGGUGGAAACUGAAAGGGAAAAUAGAAGUCAACGGCAAACAGAGCUGGGAUGGAGAAGAAAUGGUUUUCCUGCCCCUGAUAGUUGGGCUAAUUUCCAUCAAGGUCACCGAGCUCAAGGGGCUGGCCACUCACCUCCUGGUGGGCAGCGUGACCUGCGAGACCAGAGAGCUGUUUGCAGCCCAUCCUCAGGUGGUGGCUGUUGACAUCAAUGAUCUUGGCACCAUCAAACUGAACCUGGAAAUCACCUGGUAUCCCUUUGACGUGGAGGAUGUGACCCCUUCCUCGGGCACAGGAAACAAGGCAGCUGCCCUCCAGCGGAGAAUGUCCAUGUACAGCCAGGGCACCCCGGAAACACCCACCUUCAAAGAUCACUCCUUCUUUAAAUGGCUGCAUCCUUCACCUGACAAGCCAAGCCGGCUGUCUGUCUUGAGGGCCUUGCAGGACACUUUCUUUGCCAAGCUACAACGCAGCCGCUCUUUCGGUGACCUGCCUUCCCUCCGGCUGCACCCCAGGCCUGGGCUAGGGCUUUAUUCGAAUGUGCCCGAUGACAUCUUCGAGAACGGGAAGGCGGCCCAGGAGAAGACACCACUCUCCCUGAGCUUCAGCGACCUGCCCAACGGAGACUGCGCCCGGCCUUCCCUCGCAGGGGCCUCUGCCUCCAGGACGUGCCCGGCCAACCCAGAAAUUACCAUCACGCCCGCAGAGCGGAGCCACGGCAGCCUGUCCCCGCACAACGACGACGGCACGGACGACACUAGCUCAGCAUCUUCCAGCAGCUCUUCGGCCGCAGGGCCGCAGCCAAAGCGCUCCGGGGAGGAUGAGGCCGAGCCGGCCGCUGAGCCCGCAGGCCCGGCGUCCCGGCAGCUGUUCAUGGAGCGGGAUGUUGCGGUGACCCUCCUGCAAGAGUCGGACGAGGCCUCCGAACUCAAGCCCGUGGAGCUGGACACUUUGGAAGGCAACAUCACCAGGCAGCUGGUCAAAAGGCUGACCUCCUCCGAGGUGCCGGGGCUGCUCUUGGAAGGCUCUGUCAGCGGGGAGUCUGAGGGCUGUCGGUCCUUCCUGGACGGGAGCCUGGAGGAUGCCUUUAGUGGGCUUUUCCUGGCGUUAGAGCCGCAUCGAGAGCAAUACAAAGAGUUUCAGAAUCUGAACCGAGAAGUCAUGCAUCUGGAUGAUAUUCUAAAAUGCAAGCCACCAGGGAGCCGAAGCAGGUCUUCCAGUUUAAGUCUUACCGUUGAAAGUGCUUUAGAAAGCUUUGACUUCCUGAACACCUCUGAUUUUGAUGAGGAGGAGGAUGGUGAGGAGGUUUGUAAUAUUGGAGGAGGCGCUGACUCGGUAUUUUCAGAUACGGAGACUGAGAAAAGCAGUUACAGGUCAGUUCAUCCGGAAGCCAGGGGGCACCUCAGCGAAGCACUCACUGAAGACACGGGAGUUGGGACCAGUGUGGCAGGAAGCCCACUCCCAUUGACCACAGGAAAUGAAAGCCUUGACAUCACCAUCGUUAGGCACCUACAGUACUGCACCCAACUCGUCCAGCAAAUUGUAUUUUCAAGCAAAACCCCGUUCGUUGCAAGAAACCUCCUAGAGAAGCUUUCUCGGCAGAUCCAAGUGGUGGAGAAACUCUCAGCUGUCAGCGACGAGAACAUAGGAAACAUCGGGUCGGUCGUCGAAGUCAUUCCGGAAUUCCACAAGAAGCUAUCUCUGCUCUCAUUCUGGGCCAAGUGCUGCAGCCCCGUUGGGGUCUACCACAGCUCGGCAGACCGAGUGAUUAGGCAGCUGGAGACCAGCUUCGCCAGAGCUGUCAACAAGGAGGAUCCAGGCCUCGCCGACGCAGUGUUCCGGACCCUGGUGUCCCAAAUCCUGGACCGGGCUGAGCCUCUCCUUCCCUCCAGCCUCCCCCUGGAAGUCAUUACCGUUUUCCAGUAUCACAGCUACUUUGCCAGCUGUGGUGUGAGCGACCUAGAGAGCUAUCUGAUUCAGCUGGCCAAGCAAGUUGCCGUGGUUCAGACUCUGCAGUCCCUAAGCGAGGACAAGCUGCUGCAGGCCGUGGCUGGCCUUGCCCCGGGCAAACUCCCAGCCCAGCAAGAAGUACUCAGGACCCUGGCUCUGCUGUUAACGGAGGAUGACAACGAAGUGCGGGCUGCUGUGACGCUUGGCUUGGCUGCAGCCUCCAAAAAUGAGCACUUCCGGGAAAAGGCCUUGCUCUACUACUGCGAAGCACUGACAAAGGCCACCCCCCAGCUCCAGAAGGCCGCUUGCCUGGCCCUGAAGAGCCUUGGGGCUACUGAGAGCAUUAAGAUGCUGGUGAUGCUAUGUCAGUCCGAUACAGAAGAAAUCAGAAACGUGGCCUCCGAAACCCUCUUGUCACUCGGAGAAGAUGGACGGCUAGCCUAUGAACAGCUGGACAAGUUUCCUCGAGACGGCAUGAAAGUUGGAAGUCAUCAUGGCACUGAAGUGGCCACUGCCUUUUGAUCACCCGUUAACUCCGCCUCACAGCUAAGUGUCUUGCUAUCUGGCCGUUGGCAUCAGGAUGGUGCUGUUGUGUAGGGGAGAGUGUUUGAAACGUGAAGAGUUCUCGUAACGUGUGCUAGACGGAAUACAAAGACCAGUUUCACAGUGCUUCCCUGUUGUCUUUUAACCAAGACCAUGGGGCGCUGCAUCAUUCAACUGAUUCCAUCAGAGACUCUUUCUGACAAUACAUGGAAAAGGCGCCCAUCUUAACCAAUGUGUGUAACAUUUCAAAAUAGCCAUCUGUGUACUUUGGGGCAGAUCUUCCAUAGUCGCGUGACACUGUGAUACAUCCUAAGCCUUGCAGUUUCUCUGUCUUGUUCUCAGGGUUAGGUGAUCGAUCCCCUUAGUGUCCCCAUUUUGCUUCAAACACAAAGCACAAAGCAUACUUGCUUCCAAUGAAAGCUUGCUUGCAAAGCCUGAUAAAAUGACCCAUUUUAAGAGUUUGCUGUUUUUCAGUUCAUGUUUUUAAAGCACUCUAUAACUUCUUUUCUCUAUCCUGGAAUUUUCAUUAUGAUUGAAAAGAAGUACCUUAGUAAGAUUACAUGCAUGGUCUUUAAAUAAUAAUUUAAGAAACAAAACCUCAAAGCUUUAAGCUUUGUUUUGUUUUGUUUGUGAGAGACUUUUUUCAGUGAUAAUCUUACUUAGGGGUAUUUUGCUGCUAAGAAAAAUCAAGAUGCAAAGUCGUGGAUAAAGAAAACCUGUUCUUUGAUAAGAGGUUGCAGGAAUCCUGAUGGGUGGCAAUGGAGAGACCUGCAGGGGGCCCUGGCCUCUGCAAAAAUGUCCGUGACAUCAGGAAGGAGUCAGCCUUGAAGCUGAUACGAACCCUGAGAAAUCCACCAAUGGCGAGAAUUUAUUGGCCAAAAUGUUUAAACAGCAGACUCCAUGAUUGCUUAAGUGGCAGGAUAGGAAGUCCAUUCAAUAAAGUCCCAAACCAUUCAGUGACUCUUAUUCAGUCACUUUCCUUCCUUUUAAAUGUAUGCAGGGUGGGGUAUGCCAAGGUAGAAAGAGCAUCUGUCGUGGGUGUAAUUAAAACUGUGGACUUUAACAACAACAACAACAACAAAAAAAAAAGCCUGUGGAAUAUCAAAUGUACUGUGGCUGUGUUUGUAAAAAGUAUCAUCUAGUUGUCAUUUUUAAUAUUUACAUUUUAACACAACUUCUGGGGAAAAAAACAUUUUUGUCAUUUCAAAGUGAAAAUGGUUUGUCAGGCUUCUUGGCAAAUGUAUGUUUCAACUGUGAAGUUUUCUUGUACAUAAUUGUACAUUUAUAAAUAGUAAACAUGCUUAUCAUAAUUUUAAGAGUACCUUGUACAGUCUACAGCACUGUUAAAUGGUUGAAAUAGUUCUUUUUUCAGGUGUCACGUUACCGAUGUUAUAGGGGGGGCUUUUUCUUUGUUCCUUUUAAAAAGUACUUUGAAUAUUGCAUGAUUAAUAAUUAUAUAUCUUUUGUAUUCAUGUCUGCAUUUUAUUUUUUGUUUCGGUGGGGGUGCUUUUAGUUAUGUGGCAUUUCUAUUCAUCACUCUCUCAAUCAUGUACGUUAAAAUAAAAAUUAUUUUUGAAUUACUA